CGCGAUCUCCUUCAACGGAGAGGCGUUAAACUGACACCCGAUGUGAGCGGUGUCACCCCCGGGGAACAUUUAGAAUGCAGAGCUCACCUGUGGAGGAUGCCAACUGCCUCUCAAGAUACUUCUUUUGGUGGACAAACCCUAUUAUGAGAAAGGGUUUUAAGGAGAAACUGAGGCCAUCUGAUAUUUGUCAAGCUCCCAGUCAAGAUACAGCAGAUGUCCUUUCAGAACGUUUGGAGAAGGAAUGGGACAGAGAAGUUGGAUCUGGUAAAAAAAAACCUAGUCUCCUGCGAGCACUUGCACGAUGCUUCAUACAACCUUUUCUGUUAUUUGGCGUCCUCCUAUAUAUAGGCGAGGCCACAAAAUCAGUGCAGCCACAGGUUUUAGGGCGGAUAAUUGCAUCAUUUGACCCAGCACAUGAACCAGAGCGAGCCAUGGGCUACUUUCUCGCCAUGGGCCUCGGAUUGCUUUUCACUGCCCGCUUUCUCUUGCUCCAGCCAGCCAUGUUUGGACUGCACCGAUUGGGCAUGCAGAUCAGGAUUGCACUCUUUAGCAUAAUCUACAAAAAGACUUUGAAACUUUCUAGCCGAGUCCUGGACAAGAUCAGCACAGGUCAGCUGGUCAGUCUGAUGUCAGCAAACCUGGGCAAGUUUGAUCAGAGCCUGGGUAUGGCCCAUUUUAUAUGGAUAUCACCAUUGCAAUGCAUCCUGUGUACAGGUCUUAUCUGGGAACACAUUGAUGUCAAUAGCUUCAGUGCUCUUGCUGCAAUCUCUUUACUAGGUGUCUUGCAGGCCUUUCUGUCACAUAAAAUGGGGCCUUACAAAACACAAAAAGCAAUACUGACCAAUAAGCGCUUGGCUCUGACCUCAGAGAUCAUGGAGAACCUGCAUUCGGUGAAGGCCUAUGGCUGGGAGGAGAUAAUGGAGACCCUCAUCAAAAACAUAAGACAGGAUGAGGUUAAGUUGACCAGGAAGAUUGGCUCCCUGCGCUACUUCUACAGCUCAGCCUACUUUUUCUCAGCCAUCUUUGUGAUUGUGGCAGCAGUGGUUCCCCACGCACUCAGCCGUGGUAUCAACCUACGUCGCAUAUUCACUACUCUCUCCUACUGCAUGGUGCUAAGGAUGACCAUCACUCGACAACUGCCCAGCUCCAUCCAGAUGUGGUAUGACACCAUGCAGCUCAUUUGGAAGAUUGAAGAAUUUCUCAGCAAGGAAGAAUACAUGUUAAUGGAGUAUGAUCUCAGCAUCACAGAGCUGGAACUUAAAAAUGUGACUGCUUCUUGGGAUGAGGGUACUGGUGAACUUUUGGAAAGAAUUAAACAGGAGAACAAAGCUGAUGGCCAUCCCAAUGGAGAUGCAUUUCUCUUCUUCACCCACCUGUAUGUGACUCCUGUACUGAAGGAUAUCAGCUUGAAUCUGAAGAAAGGAGAGAUGUUGGCCGUUGCUGGUUCGAUGGGGUCUGGGAAGAGCUCAUUGUUGUUGACCAUCCUUGGAGAGCUGGUUCCCUCAUCUGGGAAGAUCCGCCACAGUGGUCGAAUCUCCUACUCCUCCCAAACAGCCUGGAUCAUGCCUGGCACAAUCCGAGACAACAUCCUCUUUGGACUGACCUAUGAUGAGUAUCGCUAUAAGAGUGUGGUCAAAGCGUGCCAGCUUGAAGAGGAUCUGGCUGCUCUGCCUGAGAAGGAUAAGACUCCUAUGGCUGAGGGGGGUUUAAACUUGAGUGGGGGUCAGAAGGCGUGUGUAGCUCUCGCAAGGGCUGUAUAUAGAGAUGCUGAUGUUUACCUGCUGGAUGCACCUUUUAGUCACCUGGAUAUUGCAACAGAAAAAGAGAUAUUUGACAAAUGUCUAUGUAAGCUGAUAGCCUUCAAAACACGUAUCUUAGUAACCAAUAAGAUUGACCACUUGAAGCAGGCUGAUAAGAUCCUACUGCUCCACAAUGGCGAAAGUUUCUUCUACGGAACCUUUUCCAAGCUUCAGUCAGAGCGACCUGAUUUCAGCUCUUUGCUUCUGGGUUUGGAGUCCUAUGACAGUUUCAGCGCCAAGCAUCGUUGCUCCAUCCUCACAGAGACACUCCGGCGUGUCUCAGUAGAUGAGAGCGGAGGCAUAAGACCUGAGCAUCCCUCUUAUAGUCAGGUGCCCCCCUCCAAGCCCAAGUACAUAGAUGAACAAAAACCCUCAGUAAUCCUGAACCCUCUCGGAGCAGCUCGUAAGGCAUCAUUCAUUCAGGUACCAGAGGAAGAGGUACAACGGACUUUACCUGACAGAAAGUUCUCCUUGGUACCUGAGAACGAGCUAGUGGACGAGUCCUUCAUGGGAAGCGACAUAUAUCAUAAUCACGGAGUGCAUAUGGCAGGUCAGAGGAGGCAGUCAGUGUUAGCCUUCAUGACCAACUCAAAAAGUCAAGUCAACUCAACUCGACGUGACCACCUUCAGUCAUCUUUCCAUCGACGGCUCUCUGUUGUGCCGCAGAGUGAUACCCGUCGCCUAUCAGACAGCACCUAUGACAUAACUGGGAUCCUAGAGGAAGAGACAAUUGAGGCAUGCUUAGUUGAUGAAAUAGAGGAGGCAUUUGAAACGACAAAAUGGAACACAUAUGUCAGAUAUGUGUCGAAUAACAAAAGUCUUCUUUAUGUUUUGAUCUUAAUUCUUAUUAUUGCUGCAAUUGAGGUAAUUGCAAUAUUUGUUGUGUAUUUCUUAGGAGCAUCACCGGUUCGACCCAAAUAUAACAAAUUAUUCAACAUUUCGUCACCUGGAAAAAACGAUGCCAUCAUUGUGACCCCCACCAGCAGCUAUUACAUUCUCUACAUCUACGUAGCCACAUCAGAGAGCCUCCUGGCUAUAGGAUUUUUCCGGGGUCUUCCUCUUGUCCACACCAUGAUCACAAUCUCCAAGAAAUUGCACCAGAAGAUGUUGCGUGCUGUCCUCAGGGCACCAAUGUCUGUGCUUAAUCCCAUGAAGACAGGUCGAAUCAUGAAUAGGUUCACCAAAGACAUGGCCACUAUAGACGACAUGCUUCCUUUGCUCAUGUUUGACUUUGUCCAGUUGACUGUGGUGGUGGUAGGAUGUAUUCUCGUGGUGUCCAUCGUCCGGCCAUACAUAUUUCUUGCAGCUACUCCCCUGGCUAUCAUAUUCAUUGGGAUGAGGAAGUACUUUUUGCAUACAGGUCAACAGCUGAAGCAGAUGGAGACAGAAGCUCGGAGUCCAAUUUUUUCACACCUCAUGAUCUCGCUGAAGGGUCUGUGGACCAUAAGGGCCUUUGAACGUCAGGCCUACUUUGAGAACUUGUUCCAGAAGGCCAUGAACACCCACACAGCCACCUGGUUCCUCUACCUGUCAACCCUACGAUGGUUCCUCUUCCGGGCCGACAUCAUCUUUGUAUUCUUUUUCACGCUGGCCGCAUGGAUUGCGGUAGGAACCAACCAAGAUAAACCGGGUGAGACUGGUAUCAUCAUAUGCCUGGCAAUGCUCAUUCUAGGCAACUUCCAGUGGUGUGUUGCCACCAGCAUUGCAGUAGAGGGAAUGAUGCGUUCUGUUGACCGGGUGUUCAAGUUUAUUGACUUACCAUCCGAGACACCCAAACUGGACCGAAGCAAAGGCUCGGACCUGAUUAUUGAGAACGUAGAUGCUCUGCCUGACACAAGCUGGCCCAACCGCGGUAUGAUUGAUGUGCGGAAUGUUACGGUGAAAUACACAGGAGCAGGUCACGCUGUACUUAAGAACCUCUCUUUCAGUGUGGAGGGUGGACAACGGGUGGGUAUCUUGGGCCGAACAGGUUCUGGGAAAAGCACUCUGUUCAAUGCUUUCAUGAAGCUGGUUUACACCGAUGGAAACAUCUCCAUUGAUGGAGUCAACUGGAACAAAAUGCCACUUCAGAAGUGGAGAAAAGCUUUCGGUGUGGUGCCUCAGAAAGUCUUCAUCUUUACGGGAACAUUCCGGAUGAACCUGGACCCUUAUGGUUGCCAUAGUGAUGAGGAACUGUGGCAGGUUGUUGAGGAGGUUGGUCUCAAGUCCAUGAUUGAACAGUUUCCUGAUAAACUGGACUUUCAGCUGGAAUAUGGAGGCUACGUACUGACUUAUGGCCAUAAACAGCUCAUAUGUCUAGCUCGCUCCAUCCUCAGCAGAGCUCGCAUCCUCCUUCUGGAUGAGCCUAGCGCCCACCUCGAUCCAAUAACAAUAAAGGUGUUAAAGAAGACACUACGGCAGUCUUUUUCCAAAUGCACUAUAUUACUGUCUGAACAUAAAGUAGAACCACUACUUGAGUGCCAGUCUUUUUUGAUGAUGGAGAAAGGCCAGGUGAAGACGUACGAGUCCAUUCAGGGGCUGCUGAAUGAGACCAGUCAUCUAAAGCAAGCCAUAAGUCCAGCCGAGCAGCUCAAACUCUUUCCCCGCCGGAAUUCUAGCAUGCACAUUCCUCAAUCCAAACUCUGCUCUGUUACUCAAACACUCCAGGAGGAGGCAGAGGACUAUAUCCAAGAUACUCGCCUCUGA